AUGGCAGCAACUGCUGAUCAGGGGUUGAGGAAGAAGGCCUUGGAUCUGCGAGGCACGUUGGAGGCGGCACUUGAGCAUGUCGAACAACUGGAUGCACUUCGCCUUGAGGCCGAGGCGCGCGCCAUUCGGGCCGAGGGCAUGCUCGCCACCAAGGAUAAGAGGAUUGAAAUGCUAGAGGGUGCAUUGCAGGAGGCAAACCAGCGCCAAACACGCGUCGGGGAGCAGUUACAACAGACGCAAGCCGAGCAACAACGUGCUGCCACCGAGUUGGAAGCAGUGGCCGCGCGCGUUGCACGUCUGAGUCUUGAGCGCGACCAGGCGGUGCAAGCGCAGACGGCUUUGCAGCGGCAAAUUGACGAUCUUUUGGCUACCCUCGAGGACUAG